AGAUAGACUGUCGGCGGUGUUGAGGUUGCAUGUAUUGUCAUGUGAUAUUUUACCGCUUUUAAUCAUUAAUCAAAAACCAUUUUUUGUUCAUAGUUUCUCGCCCGUAGUACUUGUCAAACAUGACAAUCAUUUUGUUUCUCAUAGAUAAUUCUGCAUCUAUGAAUCAACGUACGUACUUAGGUACGACGUUUCUUGACACGGCUAAAUCAGCUGUAGAUCAUUUCAUGAAGUCCAGGGCACGCGAUCCACAAGCGAAAUGGGACAGAUAUAUGCUGUUGACAUUUGAAGAUCCCCCCGCAAAUAUUAAGGCAGGGUGGAAAGAGACGUCUAACACUUUCAUGAACGAAUUAAAACUGCUUAAGGCUAAUGGAUUAACCACUUUGGGUCCUGCUCUAAAAUAUUCAUUUGAUCUAUUAAACAUUAAUAGAGCUACAUCUAAUGUCGAAGGUUACGGAGGGGGGAGAUUUCCUUUCUGCCUCGAACCAGCAAUGAUUAUAUGUAUUACUGAUGGACGAAGUAUUACAUCGACCAAUGGAGUAUCCAAUGAACUCAUUCUACCGAUGAAUUCGAGUGUUCCUGGCAGUGAAUUAACCGCUGAACCAUUUCGAUGGGAUCAGCGUCUAUAUGGUGUUUGCCUUAAAUUACAAGCUUUACCUCCUCAAGAGACAUCUCAAACUAAUACAUAUAUACCAUUAGCAGAAGAUUCACCUAUUGAUGCAAUGUGUGAUGUCACUGGAGGUCGAUCAUAUUCGGUAACGAGUCAGAAAAUGAUGACUCAAUGUAUGGAAUCUCUUGUUUCAAAAGUCCAGUCCGGGGUUAUUGUACACUUUAAGAAAAUUGGCCCAGAUCCUGUACCAAUAGGUGAUGAAGUCUCAGCCAGUAAUGGUCAAUGGCAAAACUGCAGAAAAAUGAUACAUGUACAAAGAAGCGCUCAAAAAGGCGGCUACGCCCAGGGAACGUGGCCAAUCCCUGAACCAUUUUGGCCAGAUCUUGGUGCUCAGAGUUUACCUGCAAGAACAGCUCAACCCGUGCUUAAUUUCAGCUGCACACCCUCAGAGCCUACUAUUUUAGAAAAUUUUGCAUACGAUCGUUAUGAAAUUGAACCGUCUCCCCUAACCCAAUUUAUCUUAUCAAGAAAGCAGCCAAAUGUCGCUUGGCAGGUUUACGUGGCCGGAAGUGCAAAAUUUGCAGACAGUGGCCAACCAUUUGGUUAUAUAAAACCUUCAUCCAACUUACAAUCUGUAUAUUUGUUCAUAAUGCCCUAUAACUAUCCUGUUUUGCUGCCACUUAUUGAGGAAGCUAUUAAAGUUCAUAAAUCCAAAGUAACACAAACCUGGAGGCAGCAUUUUGAGAACUAUCUGAAGGGUAUGCCUUUGUACUACGGAAUGCCUCUUCGUAAGGAAUUAAAAAGAAUUGGGCUAAAUAUGUUGCCUGAAUCCAUUGAUCAACAUAACAGCUACUCAGUCAUGGCCUACUUGAAAAAAAUUAGGAAUCAAGCCAAAAUUGAAUACGAUAAAAUUGUGUCAAGCGUUAAUCAAAAAUCAUUCGCUCCUGAAUGCAUUCCAGUAAUUCCAAGAUCUCCAAGCUCAAUCAUCAGUCGAGAAGAUUUUACUUCUAUAUUACAGCAAUAUGGAAGCGAUUUAAGUAUGGUUCAUCAACAACUGCAAGCGUAUGAAACUCACACACUACCUAUGACAAAUACAAAUGUUCUUUUACAAAAAUAUCGAAAUCCAUUUGACAUAUCCCGAAAAUAUUUAAUAAAGCAGUUAGCGAGAAUGAAGGAAAAUUUUCUUCGACCUAUUCAGGAAAUUAAAACAAAAGAUAAUGAUUCAAAUCAUACAAUACCUAUCGGUAAAAUGGGAGAUUAUCAUGCUUACGUAGAAAAUUUACCACCACCCUUGAGACCUCUUGAAACAGCCCCGGCUCGAGUUCACACUUUUGGUAAUCCUUUCAAAGUUAACAAAAACUUCCAAAUGAUUGAUGAAGCGGACGAGGCUAUGCCUGGGCAACAAAAAGCUUUAAAACGAAAAGAAAUACCUAGUGAAUUAAUGACAUUUAAUUCUAAAAAAAGGAAGCGAGGGCCUAUUCCAAAACAUUUUUCGAUAAAAAAGCCAUACGUUUCGUUAAAUGGUUAUUCCUCAGAUUCAGAAUAUAGUUGUGCAACUAAUUCAUCAGAUAGUGAGAUGAGUGAUAUGGAAAUUCCAGUUCUAAGAAUGAAUGGAAACGUGCCUAAUGGUCAUUUAACAUCAGGAGAAGCUGUGCCCAGGAGAAGGUUGUCAAGAUCCGAGUCUAUAAGUGGAAACUCAAGAGAAGACGAGGAAACUGAUGAAAUAAAAAGUUUACGAGAAAUCGACGAAUUCAAUACUAUACUCAAAAUAGAUAUGUUUAGAGACGUUCGACGCCCAGGAAACGAUUAUAGCUCGUUAUUUAAAAAAUUGGAAAAAAUCCGCGGUGAUACAGACUUACGGUGUUUAGUCAUAGAAGCAGUCAUUCACGAGGCUGCUCGAUUUCGACGCCGACGGAUGAUGCAAUUACUACGUCAAUAUCACUCAGCUCUAAAAGAUCAAAAGAGACGAUUCGAAGCUGAUUUAGAAAUUGUGGAUGUAGAACCUCCUAGGAGUUUAAUAAGAAAUAUAGGAAAAAGUUUCGAAUAA